AGAUUCAAGUUGCAGAUUAGACUUUCUCGAUCAACAUUUUCUGCUGGUGUUUCUAUCCCCCAGACCCACCAAUCGUGUCUUAUCAUCAACCUUUCAUGAUGAGUUACCAGGAUCAUUUUUGUAGUGAUCUUCGAUCAAUUGAAGGAACUUGGGAGAAGCUUUCUCAGGUUACUGUCAAGGGUGCUGAAUACGACUCCCGUGAACGCCAACCCCAUCCAAAAUGUCUAAAGGGGACCCGGGUGGACCUCCUCGACUACAUCUUUGGGUUAUUAGACAAGAAAGAGAAGAACCGUAUUAUCUGGCUGCACGGUACAGGCUGGCGUCGGAAAGUCUGCCGUUGCGUUCACCGUGGCUGAAAAGAUGAGAGGUCUGAAAAUGACAAAGGAGAAAGGAGAAAAACGGCUCGGGGGAACAUUCUUUUUCUCGCGCAAGCACACGAAGCGCCGCACUACUGGCUAUUUCUUUGCGACGCUUGCCUACCAGCUUGCAAGCAAUUUCCCCAGCAUCCGGGGGGACGUGAACAAAGCUAUAAUCGAGAAUCCCGCCCUUCUAGAUCCUGACAAAUCUCUUCGGGAUCUGAUGGAGGCAUUGUUUCUCCGACCUCUCCAGAGACUCUUUCUCAGACUUCGCGGAUGUCCGCCUUUGGUGUUUGUUAUCGACGCCCUUGACGAAUGCACACCCGAAUCACUCGAUGCUGAAUCCCUCGAUGAACCUACCUCCGAAAGCGAGCUCGCUGAUCUUAUCUCCAUGCUUGGCGAAGCUCUUUGUGAACCUGAUCUGCCCAUUGUCCACAUUCUGCUCACGAGUCGAUCGGAAGAGCAUAUCCGCAGAGCUAUGCAGAUUGAAGAGGUGCGCCCGCUGGUGUGUGAGAUACCAGUGAAGACUUCUGGGAAAGGCAUUGCUGCCACCAUCUCGUUGGACGGCGCAGAUGUUGACAAUGACAUAUACGUUUUCUUGCAGCACUCGUUCAGAGAGCUGGAAAGUCGCCAUCCAGAUUUCCCACAGCCAUCGGCCGAUCAACUUGCACGGCUGGCGAGUCGAGCGGGGAGACGUUUUAUUGUUGCAUCUACGAUGAUGAAGUUCAUUGACGACCGAAACCAUGAUCCCCGUGAUCGACUUCAGCUCAUGCUCGAGUUAACGAGCGAAAUGCUACCAGGGACGGAGGUGUACAAGCUCUACGACCGCAUCCUCUCCACGUGUGCCGAUCCAACGCUAGCAUAUCUACACUUGUCUGUUGUUGCUGCCCUCGCAGACCCACUUCCAACGUCGCAAAUCUCGAAACUUCUUGGCCCCGGCCAGGGCAGGGACGUCGAGAAAGUACUGACGCAGCUACGAUCUAUCAUAGAUGUUCCCACCGACAGCAGUCUCCCCGUGAAUAUCUAUCACUCGUCUGUUCGUGACUAUGUGUCCCACCGAUCAAACUGCAGCCUCCGUCAAGUACAAUCCAUCACAUCACCGCACUCCCUACUCGCUCUUUCCUCUUUGCGCUUGAUGACGCGAGAACUUCCAGAUCGCACGGCCCUCCUAGAUGUACUUUCAGAAUUAAAGAAGCACACUCAAGCUACGCAACCCCAGGACCCCUUGAAUUUGAAAAAACUCAUUAUCCUUCAUCGUCCAGCCACCAGAGUCAAUGCAAGUUCUUAUAGGUCUACUAUGGCUUCGUGGACAUCGUGGCUCAGAGUUGCAGUUCUGGCUAGAGACUGUGGAUGGGCAUGCCUGGCUGCAGACUCAGGAAGGGAAAGACUGGAUGCUGACCGACGGCGGGAGAGACUGGUUAUCGUCUCAAGGGGGGAAGGAUUGGUUGCAGAGCCCGGGCGGACUAGACUGGCUGCAGACCCCAGCCAUGAAAGUCUGGGUGCGGACCGGACCCAGGGUGGGUUGAACUGGCUACAAACUCAGGCCGGGAUAGACUGGCUGCAGACUCAGUACGGACGAGACUGGUUACAGACCCCAGACGUGGAAGACUGGGUGGAGACUCGAGGUGGACGACAGUGGUUGCAGACGCCGGGUGUGCGGGAGUGGCUGCUGACCAAGCGCGGGCUAAUUUGGCUGAUGACGCCGGGAGUGGGCGUACGAGACUGACUGGAGACCCCAGGUGGGAACGACUGGCUGGAGACUGGGCAAGAUUGGCUG